CAUGCUGGAAGAUGGUCAAUUUGUUGCAUAUGAGUUAGCAUUAGUAGAAUUGCCAUUUGAUUUUGAUUCACGGUCAAAGUAUAUAGCAGUUAUGCAGAUGAUAGCCAUUUUUCAUAACGAAGUAGUCCAGCAAAAAACUAUUAUGGACAAAAUUGAUUGUAUUCUCAUACCUUGUAAAGGCAAGAGUGUUCGUAAUGUUUUAAGGAUUCCAGAAAAUUUGUGA